AUUAUUAUGGAUGCUAAUGAUUGUGAAACGCUUAACUCGGAAUUGCUCAUGAAAACCUUAAAAAUGAUGCAACACCCGGCAUACGAGAAUCCAUACGAGUGGUCUACGGACGAUUUCGAAAUCGGGUGCCCGCUCGGUCGCGGAAAGUUUGGCCGGGUCUACAUUGCCCGUGAGCGUGAGACCGGCUUUAUGGUAGCGAUGAAAGUCAUGUUCAAAUCGCAGCUAACCAAAUGGAACGUCGAGAAGCAGCUGUUGCGCGAGAUCGAAAUCCAAUCGCGCCUCAAACAUCCGCACAUACUGCGCCUGUAUACAUGGUUUCAUGACGAUCGGCGCAUCUACCUGGCGCUCGAGCUAGCCGCGCAGGGUGAGCUGUACAAACAUCUGAAAGCGGCACCGAAGGGCCGGUUCGACGAACGCCGUUCCGCACGCUACAUAUCGCAGGUGGCCGAUGCGCUCAACUACUGUCACGCGAACAACGUGAUCCAUCGUGAUCUGAAGCCGGAAAAUAUUCUGCUCACCGAUGACGACAACAUCAAGCUGGCCGACUUCGGUUGGUCCGCACACACCAACUCCAACAAGCGUAAAACGAUGUGCGGCACGCUGGAUUAUCUACCGCCCGAGAUGGUGGACGGCAAGAUGUACGACGACUCGGUUGACCAGUGGUGUCUGGGCAUUCUGUGCUACGAGUUUCUGGUCGGCAAUCCACCGUUCGAGUCACAGACAACUCAAAACACGUACGACAAGAUCCUGCGGCUGGACAUCGUGUACCCGCGGCACUUGAGCACCGGUGCGAUUAAUCUCAUCUCGAAGCUGCUGCGCAUACCAAGCAGUUCCCGGAUCACGCUGCGAGAUGUCAUGAACCAUCCGUGGGUUGUGCAGAUGAAACAGUAA